CCCGGCGAGAGGAGAGCGAGAGCCAUCGACGUGCGGCAAGAUGCAGAUCUUCGUGAAGACGCUGACGGGGAAGACCAUCACGCUCGAGGUGGAGUCCUCAGACACCAUCGACAACGUCAAGGCCAAGAUCCAGGACAAGGAAGGUAUCCCGCCGGACCAGCAGCGCCUCAUCUUCGCCGGGAAGCAGCUAGAGGAUGGCCGCACUCUGGCCGACUACAACAUCCAAAAGGAGUCGACGCUUCACCUGGUGCUGCGCCUCCGCGGCGGCAGCAGAGGUCAAUACCCCAAGAACCUCGAACCCAACCUCCGCAUCCUUGCUCAAAAGUACAAUGAGAACAAACUAGUCUGCCGCAGGUGCUAUGCACGCCUACCCCUUAGGGCGACCAACUGCCGCAAGAAGAAGUGUGGCCAUAGCAAUCAGAUAAGGGAAAAGAAGAGGUUUAUGUCCAAGUUUGGAAGCGAUUCUUGAACAAUGGAAAUGAUGCUGAAGCAACCAUCUACCGUCACAUAUAUAUUGGAGUUUAAGUUCUGUCCUAGUGUGAAGUCAUGUUAAGUUUUGCUAAAUAGUCGUCUAGGUUCAUAUAAAUUGGAGUCUAGUUUUGUCCUGUUGGAUAUACAGAGUUAUUUAUUUUGUGAGCUGUUUUUAGUAAUGUUUGUUUUGAGAGAUAUUUACACACCCGGGCACCAGGCACAUAGGUUAAA